CCAAACAUCGAUCCAACUAAACUUCUGACUCCUCGCUCUUCGCUCAUGCCCCUCCACCCAAAUCUCCUGAUCCAUAGACCAAAUCGGUGACGGAAAAAGAAACUCGUGGCGAAGCGAUGUCCUCCAACACGGUGGAGCUACCACCAUCGCCGCCAGAGGAAGACACCUCUGCUUCUAACGUGCUCACAAACGAAGAUCUCCUUGACAACAUUCUUCUCCGCCUCAAAUGUCGAAGCUGCCUUGUUAGUGCCGCGCUCACUAGCAAGCGCUGGCUGCGCGUUGCCUCUGGGCUCUUCAUCCCCGAUUUCUGCGCGAGCCACCAGCCACGCCUACUUGGGGUCUAUGUCUCCAGUUGUGAUGACCUAUCUAGCUCAGAGUUCAUCCCGCUCCUGCAACCUGAUGUCGUCAACCAUGCCAACUUCGGUUUUGGCAACUUGCCGGCGCCGAAUGUUUGGGACUGCCGAAACGGCUUUGUCCUCUUUGAGUUUGGUGGUGAGACCUUGCACCACACUGGUAUCGCUGUGUGCUCCCCACUAAUCUACCCUAGCAUGGAUAGGGUCAUGGUGCUCCCACGGCCGCCACAGCCGCCCUGCUUCCCGGAGUACCCUCAUGCGAUGCUUCUCCCUACUGACCAUGGUGAUGAUGCCUUGUGCUACCGCAUCAAUGUCCGUACCUGGGAGUCAUCGUAUGAUACGGUCACAGUGAUGGUGUGUGUCCUGCGGUUAGGCUCCUGGGUCAUCCAAUGCAUAGCCACAGAUCGUCUCGCUAAGUCACCGGGUCAGAUCUUGCCGACUACUGUGCUCUCCGACGGUAAGAUCUACAUGGCGACCCAAGCAGGGUACAUCCUCGGACUAAACCCAAUCAAAAAGGCAUUCUUCAUCAUCGAUCUCCCGAAGGGUGUAGAGCAUGAUCAGUACCCAGGCAACUUUGUCCACUGUCGGGGAGACAACUCGGUCCUCUACCUCAUCCAUGUGGAUGGGGACAACAUGCUCAACGUUUGGCUCCGCAAGAUGAAUGAUGACCACGGGCACAAUGACACUAGUGCUGCUAGCGGCAGUGCCAACGGGUGGGUGCUCAGGGAUACCAUUUCCAUGCGUGAGACUUGUGGCCAUCUCAUGGAGCAGGGUUGGGAGACGACAGACGACGAGGAUGAGGAUGCCGCUGCAAUAAUGGUGACCGGCGCCGGGGACAAUGCCGAGUUUGUGUUCUUGGAGCUGGGUAUAACUGGUGUCAUCAUCUACAUGCAUCUCAAGACUAGGGAGGUGAAGCAGGUGUACAAGAGGGAGCCUGACAAUGACUACUUGAUUAGUGUUCGUCCGUUCAUGUUCGUAAGGCCUCCUAUUUUCCCAGUACAGGAUGCUCAUGAAUGCGAGGCCGCACCGCAUCAAGAGUAAUCAUCCCAGUGAAACAUGGUUCGGCAUUGAAGAGUGCAGACUGUGUCGUGUUGUAACAUCUUUACUAG